AUGGGAUCCGGAGCCCGGAUUACUCGUCUUGGGGAGUUUCACCGAAUUUUUGCCGCCACAUAUAUUCUUGUAGGUAAGAAGAUAAUAAAGUACGAUGUAUACCCAGAUACUUUUUUUGACGACAUUUCACCCU